CGCUUAUAUAAUCAUACCUUACGAAUGUAAACAAAUAAUCUCUUAACACUUGUAGAAAAUAUACCAUAAUUACAAACAAACAACAAUCAGAUUUGUUGGAACACAAUUUAUAUGUCGUACAAUGGAAUAAGAAGUUGUACAACAGAUUUGAUCGUUAAUGGCUUGGUUUAAAUAGGAGCCACUAAUAUAAUUUCUGAAGGUGUGGCAAUAUUGCAAUAUUAUCUAUAUAUUAUUGGCGAGUUAUUAUUUGGAUGUAAGUGCGUUUACUGUAUAUUUAAUAACAAAAUUUGGGAAAUUUCGUUGAAAGGUUAUUAUGAUUACGAAUAAGUGACAAAACCGAUCUGAUAAAUUUCAUUAUGAGAAUAUUACCGUUUUCGCUUUGAGUGUUGUAAUUCGCAUUUUAUACUAGUUCAACAUAGCAGCUUCAUGAUUUCAACAUAAGCGGGUAAAUUUUGGAAGAGCCUCCAGGAAAACUUUAGUAUACCGUCCGACGCUUUAAACUUUGGAAAUAUCACGUAAUUCAACGAAUCUAACGGUAUUCUGGUAUCAUUAUAACCAAAAAAGAAAUAAAAACACUUAAAAUAAUAUACUAAAUCAGUUUUUAAUUUUAUCGAUAAAAUGACAACUGUGACUACAAUACAAAAUUAUAAUCGACAGCAAAGUACUGACUCUGGUUGGGAUAAUCCUUUUAGACCUGGUGGAGAUUUAUCUAGAGAAGCUGAUGAAAUAGUCAACAUGAUAAGAGGUGGAAAACCCAUAACACCAACAGAAGAGGACAUUAUUAGAAAUGGCGAAUCAAAACAUAAAGAUAAACACAGCAAUACUAUAAUAGAAGAGAUUUCUGAUCAAAUAAAGGUUACUCAAAGUCAAGCGGCACAAAAUGGAACAAAAUCAAGUAGUGUACAAGCUCUUGGUGCUGCAAAGCCUCCAAUAACUACAGAUAAUAAUGGAGCAUCUUCGGCUCAAGUCUCAAAAAAAAUAGUACCUGGUCCAUCUUCGGCUAGUCAUAUCAUAAUUGACGAAAAGAAAAACGCAAAGAAGGGGUGCUGCUCAAUACAAUAAAUACAUGCUUUCGGUCUAUACAGUCAUUCUCAAUGAUAUCUUUUAAAUAUUGCACUUGUUGAUUAGAUAUUUAAUGUAUUUCAGGAAAGCUUAAAUUUACGCCGUGAGAGCUAUAACGCAUUCGAGUAUAUAUUUAUUUUUUGUUUUUGGUAAUUGCACAUCACAAGUUAUACCAGUCGUAUCAUUAUAAAAGUAUUAAUGUACACACUUUUAUAAAAAUGAACAUUUAGCAUAAACGAAUCGUGUGUAAUCGAUUGUAGUAAUAUGAUUGUCCGGUAUUAUGUUAAGGUAUUUAUUUAACACAAAUAAAUAAUAAACGCCUAAUUAAUGCUUAUAAACUA